AUGGCUGUUCUAUCAGUAUCGUUGUUGGUAGUUAUCUUAGUGAUGUGCUCCAAAAUGGCGGCCUCUCAGGUAUUGUCAUCUGUUCCUAAUAACGUGAUAUCAGCCACACGGAUUAGGGGUCCGUUAAACUCCCAGGCGACGGACAAAAAGAGACUUGGGUGCGUUCUACAACCAGUUCCCAAUGCAAUUAAUAAGUACCGAGUGCACUUAUUCUCACUCGGAACAUCCUUGGAUUUCUAUUGUGCACAAGGAACUAUAUUUUACCCAGAAAAAUGCGCCUGUGAUUGGCCCAAAGACAGAAACAUGGUGUUACCAGCAGUUCCAACAACUUUACGACCUCAGACGCGACCGUUUCCAGACCGCACUGUCCGACCUGGACGAAGGCCAGUCAUAGACAAUGUUCGCCCUCUGAUGACAACAACGCCAGAACCAUGUCGAUUUCGUCCCGACCCGGACAGAAACUUCUACCAAGAAUUUGUGAUUGGAUUUGGGUGGAGCAAACGUCCAUGUCCUAUUGGCACCUUAUACAGAGAGGAGACUUGUAAAUGUGAUGAUAUAGCUCCUGUGUCAAGCUUACGAUGUAGAGCUGAACUGUAUGUCCCAUUUGACGUAAUGCCGAUUGCCGAUGGAGCUGGAACAAGCAUUCCUAUUGGAAACAAUGGCAAUGUGGACUCUGUAGCAAAUGCUGGUCGGUUUGACGGCAGCGGUCGCCUAACAAUCUGGAUGUAUUCAAACAUGGAUUUCGGUGAACAGCUGACGAUCAACCUCAGGUUUUACGAUUUUCCAGGAGGCCAAGAAGAACAAGUUUUAGUAUCGAAUUGUUUUGAUAAGGAGCUAGGGUCAAUUGAGAUUGCUACCCGCCCCCGGAAAAAGGAAGUUAUAUUCAGAGGAAACACAGCAAUGUCCGGACCAGUAGAAAUAAUACUACCUUACCAGGAGAAGAUGUGGAAGAAUGUGACAUAUGCCUAUGACGGGGCCACUCUGACCGGAAAGGUCAACGACGAAGAAAAAUCUAUUCCUCUGAGAGGAAAUCUCGAUAUUCGAUUUAGUGGAUUUGAAAUAGGAAUGUGCAACGGUCGUGGAUAUGUGGGAUACGUGGAUGAGUUGAGAGUUUAUCGAUGUGUCAAUCACUUUGGACUGACAAGACCAAAUAGCAACUUUGGAUUUACGAGACGGGUGGUGUAG